AAUCAGCCCCAUCACUCUUCCGUCGUGUCUUCUCGCGCUUUCCACUCCCAACGAGAUCCAUCACCCCCAACCUCUGUAAGCUUCCCUUGACGUCGUCGUCGUCAUCCAUGGAGAGCAAGGACGGUACCCACGAUCCCGCCACGACGGCCGCGCCACCGGCCGGCGCGCCGCAGCCCGCGAUGCCUUCCGCGGAGACGGCGCGGUGGGGCACGCGGCAGAUGGGCCCGCCGGCGGCCCCCGGGGCGCACCCGGAGAACCAAGAGGCGGCGCGGUGGACGGCCGCGCGCGGGGACCAGGAGCUGCCGCCGUACGUCAUCAUCGGUGAGCCCGUGGCGGCGCCGCCGCCGCCACAGCAUAGGGGCAAGGGGGACAGCCCCAUGGAGCACAUCCUCGACUUCUUCAACACCUGGAGCCGCAAGGCCGAGGAGCUGGCCUCCAACAUCUGGGUCAAUCUGAAGGCCGCGCCAUCCAUGUCGGACGCCGCGAUGGGGAAGCUAAGCCUCGGCGCGAAGGCGCUGUCGGAGGGCGGCUUCGAGAAGCUGUACAAGCAGACGUUCUCGUCCAGCCCCGACGAGCACCUGAAGAAGACGUUCGCUUGCUACCUCUCCACGGCCACGGGGCCCGUCGCCGGCACGCUGUACCUGACCAACCUGAACGUCGCCUUCUGCAGCGACCGCCCGCUCUCCUUCGCCGCGCCGUCUGGCCAGACCGCCUGGAGCUACUACAAGGUUAUGAUCCCCCUUGGCAAGAUCGCGACGGUGGAGCCGGUGACGAUGAAGGAGAGCCCGCCGGAGAAGUACGUCCACGUCGUCACCGUCGACUCCCACGACUUCUGGUUCAUGGGCUUCGUCAGCUACGACAAGGCCGUGCACUACCUCGUCGAGGCCGUCUCCCAGCGCGGCGUCGCCACUGCCGGCGGCAAGUGAUGAGGCGACGCCGCUCCGGAGACUGGGCGUUCGGCACCCGUCGUCGUGUAUAUAUAAUAUAGCUGAUGGCUCUGCCUGUGCAUUACUCGUGUUCUGCUACUACUAGCACUACGAUGGUGUCCCGGCGUGUGUUUGAAUGUUCUCAGUGUGUGUGUGUGUGGCACAGAUGCGCCACUGCUAUUCUAUGCACUUGUGAGUAUUAUGCUAGCUUUCACGGACUCGUCGAGAAACGAGAGUGAAGUUCUUCC